AGAAGAAACCGGGUCUGCACGUGUUACACAAACCCAGACGGAUAAUUUUUGAGUAAUUGUUUCAAACUUGGUUUUCUGCACCUUUAACUGGAAUAUAUCCGAGUAAAAAUGCCGAAGGUUAAGGCGGAGAAGAAAAGCAGGCAGCACCAAGAGGUCAGAAGCCAAGGGAUUAUGUUCAACACUGGCAUCGGCCAGCACAUCCUGAAGAAUCCUUUGGUCGUCAAUGGUAUCAUUGAAAAGGCUGCUCUGAGGCCGACAGAUGUGGUUCUGGAGGUGGGACCUGGUACUGGUAAUAUGACAGUUAAACUGCUGGAAAAAGCCAAGAAGGUGGUGGCCUGUGAGUUGGACUGCAGACUGGUGGCUGAACUUCAGAAAAGAGUACAGUGCACACCCAUGCAGACCAAACUUCAGAUAUUAGUUGGAGAUGUGUUAAAAACAGAUCUACCAUUCUUUGACGUCUGUGUGGCUAACUUACCAUACCAGAUUUCUUCGCCAUUCGUCUUCAAGCUCUUGCUCCAUCGACCUUUCUUCAGGUGUGCCGUGUUGAUGUUCCAGAGAGAGUUUGCUAUGCGGCUGGUCGCCAAACCUGGAGACAAGUUGUACUGCAGACUGUCCAUCAACACACAGCUACUGGCUCGCGUAGACCACCUCAUGAAGGUAGGGAAGAAUAAUUUCCGUCCUCCUCCAAAAGUGGAGUCAAGUGUUGUCAGGAUAGAACCAAAAAAUCCUCCCCCUCCAGUUAACUUCCAGGAGUGGGAUGGCCUGGUCAGAAUCGCCUUUGUAAGGAAAAACAAAACCCUCAGCGCAGCUUUCAAGUCGGCUGCAGUGGAACAGCUUCUGGAAAAGAACUACAGAAUUCACUGCUCUGUACACAAUGUGGAAGUCCCAGCAGACUUCAGCAUCAGCAAGAAGAUUGAGAGUGUUUUGCAAGAGGCCGAUUUCAGCGAGAAGAGAGCCAGGUCCAUGGACAUUGAUGACUUCAUGGUACUGCUGCAUGCAUUCAACUCUGCAGGGAUCCACUUUUCUUAAAUGGCAGGGGGGACUGAAGACAGCAGCUUUAUGACUCGUGCCUUUAUGAAGAGUGGGGGGAGAAGUUAGUGGUCGAAUGAGUAGAAUGAGUGGUCUGACUCAUCUUUCCUCUUAUGGAGAUUUGAUCGGAGGAACUGAAACUCCAUUAUUGAAAUAUACAAAGAAUAUUGGAGGAUACAUUUAAAGGGCUCAUAUUGAGUGUGCUAUUUGACCCUCAUGAGUAUACAUAAAGUGUCACUGGAGAUACAUGGGCAGUUUUUGGCAGAUAGAAGCUGUAUAAGCCCUCUCGGUUGUUCGAGGGACUGUCAGUGUGGGAAAAUUUGUCAUUCAUUGAAACUAAUCUGUAAUGGAUGAUUAUUCUAAUCAAAAAAUGGUCAAAAUGGGAAAAAAGUAAAUAUUUAAUAAGUGUAGCAUAUUAAAGAGUGUAUGUAGUCUGUCAAAAUAAGUUGACAUUGUGGACAAGUUUUUUUUUUUUAAUGUCACUUUUUUUUUUUUUUCACCUGUCACUACAUUAUACUGAAGACUAGGGUUGCAACUGUUGUGUACUUAUUAUAUAAAAUAGGUAUAAUACUCAUAACAGUUUAUUUAUAUUUAUGGUGCAGUCUCCAUUUGUAGCUAUUACAGUGCCAUCUGCGGAAGAAUAUGCAGAUGUAGUUACUCACUAUGACCGCUGGAGGGCAAUGAAGACAUGUAAAUGACGACAGUUGAAUUUUGCAGCGUCAAUUUAGACUGUUAUUAAUACUUCUGGCAGAAACCUUUCAAAAUAAAACUUUCAAA